AUGGCUUUGAUCGGAGAGGCUCUUAUCUCUGCUUCCGUCCAGGUGUUGUGUGACAGAAUUACUUCACGCGAAUUCGUUGACUUAUUUCGGCAGAAGAAACUCGAUGAACCACUCAAGAAACUAAAUACCACACUGUUGGCCUUGAACUUGGUGCUCAAUGAUGCAGAGGAGAAGCAACUUGUUAACCCAGAUGUGAAAAAGUGGCUUGACGAGCUCAAACAUGCUGUCUUUGAUGCGGAGGACUUACUGGAUGAGAUUGACACUGAAGCUUUGAGAUGCAAGCUGAAAGAAGGUGAAGAUCAAACUCACAAAUUAACCAAUAAGGUGUGGAACAUCCUCCCUACUUUUCGUAAUCGUUUUUAUCAAAGCAUGAAUGUUCAGAUACAAGAGUUGUUACAACGAUUAGAAAACUUUGUACGGCUGAAAAGUGCUCUUGGUCUGGGAGAAGUUGCUGGGAGGAAGGUUUCGCAAAGAACUCAAACAACCUCCUUGGUUCUUGAACCUUGUGUAUAUGGUAGAGAUGAAGUCAAAGAAAAGUUAUGGAAAGUAUUGCUAUCUGAUGAUGCAAGCAAGGAUGAUGUGUCCAUCCUCACCAUUGUUGGAAUGGGUGGGGUUGGCAAGACAACCCUUGCCCGAAUGCUUUACAAUGACGAAAUGGUGAAAGGUCAUUUUACAUUUCAAGCUUGGGCUUGUGUUUCAGAAGAUUAUGAUGCUACUAGGAUAACUAAAACUCUUCUUGAGUCGGUCACUUCAAGGCCUUGUAAUACGACAAAUUUGAAUUUGCUUCAAGUUGAACUAAGAGAACAACUCAGGGGAAGGAAAUUUUUAUUUGUAUUGGAUGACCUAUGGAAUGAGGAUUAUACUGAUUUGAAGUUCCUCCAAACUCCUUUUGCGUCUGGAGCAAGGGGAAGUAAAGUCAUCAUAACAACAAGGAACAAAAAUGUAGCAUCUAUCAUGCAAAAUGUUCCUAUUCAAUACUUGGAACCACUGUCAAAUGAGGACUGCUGGUUGUUACUUGCAAAACAUGCAUUUGGAAAUGAAAACUGUAGUGCACAUUCAAACUUGGAAGACAUUGGAAAGAAAAUUGCACUCAAGUGCAAAGGGUUGCCUUUAGCUGCACAAACACUUGGGG